AUGGCGGGGCGAGGCAACCCGCCGCCGACCAAGCAGGGGCCUCCACCUCCUGUGAUUCCGCCGGCAAGAGCAGCUCAAGCCCCUGGUCGAGCGACCCUAGCUCCUGGUCAGGCUGCUGCACGACAGCAGGAAGCGCCGCGGGAGGCCAGACCACCGCCAGCUGCUACGGCUCAGGCCGCCGGGCAGGGGCGGGAUGGCGUGCAUGGCCGGGGCGGCUUCGGCGGCGGGCAGGGCCGGGAUGGCGCCCACGGCCGGGAGAACUUCGGCGGAGCUGGACGGGACUAUAAUGGAGAUGGCCAUAGAUAUAAUCGUUAUGGACAAUGGGGAGAUGAUGGAUAUGACGUGUACGACAAGGGCCAACACCGGGGCUCAGCAUCGGGAGGUGGCCGCGGUUCUGGAUGGUACAAUGCUAGAGGAACGGGUCGUGGUUUUCAAGGACCUCCCGGCAACUUCGUCGAGGGGGUGGCCGGCCCUAGCAACCGGUCCCGUCGGAGCCGCCGCACCGUCGACGGCGGAGUCACCGGAGCACUGAGCCCCGCCGUCUUCGCCUCGCCCCGUCCUGACGCCGCCGACGAACGCCGACACCACCUUCGCGACGCCCUCGACGCGCCGCACCUUCCCGUCUUCUUCCCCGUGGCCGAGGACCACCGCAGUCGCCGCCCCCUCCGUCACCGACGCCACGCCGCCGUCUGCAUCGUCGCCGGCCACCACCACCACCCGCUAUAA